AUGUAAAAACCUUAUAUAGUGAUUGUUGGUGUCUCACUCUUUUUUAUUACUCUGUUCCUUCUUAAUACAAUCCAUUAAUUUGAUUAAACAUCCUAAUAGACUUAAGAAGUUUAAUUCAUUAAAGCUACUGAUUUGAUUGCUGUUCAAGUUCCUUUACCUUGGGAAAUUAAAAAGAUAGAUGAAGAGCAUUUAAAAAUAUUAGAUUAAAAUGAAACUGAUUUAAUUGAAGGUUAUACUUUUUAAAUAUAUAUAUGAUAGAAAAGAAAUUUACUAAUGGAAUUACAAGAGAAGAAUUAGGUCAUGCUGGAUGGACUCUUUUACAUAUGAUUUCUGCUACUCUUCCUGUUGAUUUUGAUGAAGAAUUUACAUUCAAAAUCAAUGUCUUUUUGAAUCUAUUGUAAAAAGAUAAUACUAUUAUUUACAUAUUAGUGGCCAGUUCUUUCCUUGCAAAGAGUGUGCUGGACAUUUUCUAAAUAUGACUACCGUUUUACCUUUUGAUGGAACUACUAGAGUCGAUUUUAUGUCAUAUCUUUGUAUGUUACACAAUGUUGUUAAUGAAAGAUUACAAAAAGUAUAUACUUACAAUUAUAUAUUAUUAGCCAAUUUUUAAUUGUAGUGAAAUACAUUAAAGAUGGGGAGGAGAUUGUGGUUGCAAAAGUGCUUUAGAAGAAAGCAUUAAAAAAUACAGUAAGGAAUAAAAUUGA